UGUCUGGAUUUGGAAACUAUCAUCUAGUUUUUUUGCAGCUCUAAUUCUAUUCUAUAUACAGAUCACUGAACUUCAUGUGAGCUACAUCUUACAAGAUAGGAUCGUCGCUCAAAUUCACAUUUGGUUUGUUUUGCAACAUUUUCAUGGAGAGGCAUGGGACUUGGGCGAAGUUAUGUCACUUGAUGGAGACAGUGCGUUCAACGAGAAAAGAUUCAAUGUUACUUGUUGGAUUUGGCUUCAUUUUUGGAGCAUCAACCUUCAUUUUUAUAGCUAGUAUAUUCAUCCUCCCAUUUCUUUCCCCGUCACGCAUGAAUCCGUUGCUUCAAAACAAUCUCAACAGAUUUUAUAAGAAGUUUACGCUUUUGCAUUUUCCUUAUUAUACUAGUAGUACUACUUCUACUGGUGAAUGCAAUAUCUUUGAAGGACAAUGGGUAAGGGUUAGCAACCGAGAACCAUAUUAUCCUCUUGGUUCUUGUCCUUACAUCGAAAGAUCACCUUAUGAUUGUUACAAGAAUGGCAGACCUGAUGAUGCAUAUCUCAAAUGGCAAUGGCAGUGGCAAUCGCACCCAUCAAACAAUGGAUGUAAUAAAAAUAUCCCGAGCAUUCUUAAUGCCGGUGACUUUCUAGAGAGAUUGAGAGGGAAAAAAGUAGCAUUUUCUGGGGAUUCCUUGAACAGGAACAUGUUUGAAUCUUUAGCAUGCAUCCUUUGGAAUGCUGUUCCAGAUAAGAGCAAAGUUUCCUGGCUCCCUGGAAAUAUAGGCCACGACAUAAGAGGAGAUAUGGCAGUGAGAUAUGAGGACUAUAAUUGCACCGUAGGAUUCGUGUGGUCUCCUUUUUUAGUUUAUGAAACAAAUCCGAAAAAUCGUAGAACUCAAGAAGGUAUACAAAAACAGGUGCGAGAGACAAUGAGAUUAGAUAUGAUUGACCCACGCGCGUCAACGUUCUAUCGUGAUGCUGAUGUUGUCGUGUUUGAUUCAUGGCAUUGGUGGGUUGGAAACAAAGUUCACAAUGGGAAAGACUAUUUUCAGGAAGGUAACUCUUUGUACCCACAACUAGAGAUUAACAAAGCAUAUAAGAAAGCUCUUGGUACUUGGAGGAGGUGGAUUGACAAGAACAUCGAUUCUAACAAAACCCAAGUUGCUUUUGCAGAAUAUUCAGAAACUCAUUACGAAGGUGGUCAAUGGAACACUCAUGGAAAAUGCAACAGGGAAACGGAACCGAUCAUGAGUAAUGAAACAUAUAGACGGAGGAAUCCUUCACGUGCGAAAGUAUUACAUGACACCUUACGACUAAUGAAGACCCCUGUUUUGUAUUUAAAUAUCAGCAAACUUACUUACUAUCGAGCAGAUGGACACCCUUCAAUUUAUUCAAAAAAUCUUACCGUUCAAGAGAGGAUUGCAUCUACGGAUCCUCAAGAUUGUGUUCAUUGGUGCUUGCCUGGUGUACCGGACACUUGGAAUGAAUUGUUGUAUAUUGCUCUCAUGAGGGCUGGAAAAGGAUCUUUUGCCCAGUGAGAGUGAAGUUGCUCAUGUAAUGCGUAACUUACAGCAGAUGCAGUUACUAAGUAGAUAGUAGUACAGUAAGGCUGUAGUAGGAAUUCUUCAUAUGCAUAACCAAUUCUGCCUUCCAAUUACCAGGUAGGGUGAUAUUCAUUUGUAAUGACGUAUGACCUUUUCUUUUUUUUUUUGAUCAUUUGACCUAUUUGUUAAAAGAAACUCAGAUGAUGACCUAGCCAAUCUGAGCUUCUGCCCUUCUGCACUUUGUAAGACUUGAAUAUUUCUUCCCUUCCGGAGAUUUUUGUUGUUAAA